AUGAGAGAUCCACUGUUAUCAGUCUGGUCGCCUGUGCCCGAGUUUCUCCGCCCACGUGCAUUCGCUGGGUGGGUAUUGUCGACCGGCCGGUGCCAUGGCUUCAUUCAAUCAUUCAUCCAUUCACUGAUUGAUGGCGGAGGGCGGGCGCGCUCCGUGGCCCAUGGGCGAAGAGCCGCACUAGGGGUUUGCUCGGACGAAGACGGCCUUCUCUCGUGGGCUGUACCCAGCCCGAAGUCGAGCGACAGAGAGGCCACAUGUGUCGGGCAGCGGGCAGGUACGCCGUGCGCGGUAGCAGUACAGACAAACAUGUCCAGAUGUUUGGCUGGAGCAGAUGUCGGUGACACGGGCUAGGCGGCUCGCGAUGCCGCUUGCUGUUGUUGCAUGAAAAAAAAGGGAGCUGGACCCCCCACUGAUCUCCUUCAAGGGGGGAGGGGGGCGGACUUCGCUUUCGUUUCUAUGCUCAGGCAAUGUCGUGAUACAGGUGAUACAGCCCAUUGACUGGCGAGUCGUUUAGCAGGCGGAGGGGUGGGAGCACUCGACAUCUCUCACCGACUCUUUUGCUGCUGCAACUAUGUAAGCAGGCAGGCAGGCAAAACAGGCAAAGCAGGCAAGCAAGUAUUUCAUGGUCCAUGUACAUACAUACCUAGGUAGGUAUAUACAAGUCUAUCAAUUCUGCCCCGAGACACUUGUGUAUCUCGGACCGAGAGCGAAUAUGGGCAUGCCGACUCAACACCAUCAACUUGCCGUUUAGACAGACCACCACGGUGCAUCCAUCCAUCCAUCCAUCCAUCCAUUGUUUUUUGCCGGCGACGCUCGACUGCUGCAGCGCCCUCCUCCGCCGGGCUCCUAGGCAAUCAUCCAGACGACACGAAUGUAGAUACGAAGUACAUAGAUACCCCAGGAUCAACCCCCCGCACUACGCUCCCUCCCUCAGCUGCCCAGGCUGCCGUGCAACAGCAGCACAGGAUAAAUUCCAGCCUGGCGGUGCGGCGCGGGCGAACCAUGGGAAGGGAGAAUAGCCAGCCCAGCCCAUUCAACGACACUCUUGGGGUCUUUUGGGAUCCUGAUGACUACCUACGGACACUUGGCCAACCGGCGGCAGAGGCAGUGUGGUGCUCGUCUCACGCUUUGCUUGGUCGGCGC